UUCAUGAUGCCCGCGCAGAAAGUGCCCUCCCUGCAACACUUCAGGAAGACGGAGAAGGAGGUGAUCGGGGGGCUGUGCAGCCUAGCGAAUAUCCCAUUAACUCCCGAGACACAGCGAGACCAGGAAAGGCGAAUACGCCGUGAAAUCGCCAACAGCAACGAGCGACGUCGAAUGCAAAGUAUAAAUGCUGGUUUCCAGUCUCUGAAAACUCUAAUCCCUCAUACAGAUGGGGAGAAACUAAGCAAGGCAGCCAUACUGCAACAGACAGCUGACUAUAUAUUCUCCCUGGAGCAGGAGAAGACCAGGUUGUUGCAGCAAAACACCCAACUGAAAAGGUUCAUCCAGGAAUUCAGUGGCUCCUCUCCCAAGCGGCGGCGGGCAGAAGACAAGGAUGAAGGGAUCGGCUCUCCAGAUAUUUGGGAGGAGGAGAAGGCAGACGAUCUUCGGAGAGAGAAUGAUUGAAUUGAGGCAACAACUAGACAAGGAACGCUCAGUCAGGAUGAUGCUGGAGGAGCAGGUUCGAGCUCUGGAAGCUCAUAUGUACCCCGAGAAGUUGAAGGCGAUAGCUCAGCAAAUCCAGCAGGAAGAUGAGGGAGGGAAAGCACAGGGACAGCCACAAGAGUCACCGGAGAGGAGUGAGCAGCUCCUUCACUCCCAGCUCCUGGCACCGCAUCUGCCCCUGGCACCUACCCACCACCCCACAGUAAUAGUGCCUGCUCCACCACCUCCACCCUCUCACCAUGUCAAUGUUGUGACUAUGGGACAUUCCUCUGUAAUCAGUUCUGUGUCCACGUCCCGUCAAAACCUGGACACCAUUGUGCAGGCCAUACAGCACAUAGAGGGCACACGGGAGAAGCAGUUGCAAGAAGAAGAGCAGCGGAGGGCUGUCAUCGUGAAUGCCCCCCGCCCAUGUGAAGAUUCAGACACCGCUUCAGACACAGAAUGCGAUGACAGUGGUGCAGAGCAAAGCAAGGACGACACCAUGGAGGACCCCUGA